AUGCCAGACCCGGUGAUCAAAAAGGAAGAGAGCCCAGAGACUUCGGUCAUGGCCAUGGCGCCCACAAUGCCAUCUGCCAUGUCUACAAGCAAUGCCCUCAUUCAUGCUCCAAGGCCGGCGAGCGAUGCAGAAGAUUUCAAGCCACUGCGAUCGACGCCGCCACCAAAGGGUAUCGCCAGACACAUGCCUCUUGCCCGAUCUCCAUAUCACGGUAGUUCGCCGCGCAGAUAUAAGAUUACAGGACAAUAUAGCGUGGGGAUCACGUCGCCUAGAUUUUUGGCGCGCCUUCCGUCUCGACUGACUUCCGCCACGGCAACGGGGCAUGUCAACAAAGCGACGGCAACAACAACAACAGUCAAAACAUCGACCGCGCAGAACAUCAGCCACAUAAGCGAACUCCUUCAGCGCAGUGAUCGUCUAGGGCAACACAAAAGCGGAAUCAUGGACAGUGUCGAAUUCGGUGAUGACGAGGUUGGCGGCGGAGACUUGGGCUUUCCGGUUUUGCCGUCGAUGAUGGACAUAGGCAUGCAUACGGACAGCGAAGAGUCCGAGGACAACACAGUAUCAUCGUCCCAGUUCGAACUCGAACAGCUCCAGGGCACCGUAGGCGCCCUUCAGGUGGAGUCGAGCAGACAGCGACGUGCCAUCGCGGCGCUCGCAAACGUCAACCAUUGCAUGUUCCACGAGAUCAAGGCCAUGCGCGACCGCUUGGCCGACCUCGAGCAUGUCAGCAGGCGUUUUGAUACCACGGUGGUCAAUAAUAUCGAGCAGCGCUUCGUCGAGCAGCUUUCCACGACAGCAUCCCGUGCCAAUGUAUCGCAUCGACCUACCACGGAUGAUCGCUCACGCAGUCCAUCACCCAGUCGGCCCCAGUACCGUCAGCGGGACUUGCAGACGAAUCGUGAGGACCUGCAGCGCGGUGAUGUAGCAGGCAGAAACAAGAACGAAAAGACGAAGUUUCGCAAAGAAUUGCAUGUCACCAUUCCUGGGAAGCCUACGGGUUUGCCGGCCGCUGGUUUACCCACCCCGACGACUGCGGCCAGUCUCCGGACCGGUACCUCCAUGACCUUUCCUGUUACCCCCAAGACCCCCUUUACGCCCGGCCGUAUCGGGCCUGGAAACGCGUACAAGAAGACAACAACGUCAGUCAACAAGCGUCACAGCCACAAUCUGGACAAAACAAUCCCUCCUACCUACGUGCAAUUCCCUCAGUUGCCACUUACGGAUACCGAGCUGAUCGUCUACUUCUACAAUUCGCUGGCACGUCCGAUCGUCGCUUUGCGUCUGUACGCAAGAAAUUGGGGACCGGCUUCCAUCGUUCAGGCCUUGAAUGAUCAUCGCGUGAUUGACCCCCCUUAUCUGCGCAACACCUGCUCUGUCAAGUGUACGACGGCCAUCAAGACUGGUAAGAGACGGUUUGGCGAUGAUUGGGAAGAAGCCAACCGUGUUGUGUUCGUGGAAGCGUCCGACGACAGGGCAACAGACCUUGUUCGUCUCAGCGGUGCGGACUUGGACAACGCUGUGGACUACGAUGUUCGCGCAUUGAGUGUCAAUCUAAAGAAGCACCCGCAAGGUGAUGACGCUGGUAUCUUCACGCGCUGUGUCGAGUAUUGUCAAGAACACAAUGCACCGUAUACAUUGUCGAACGUGUCGCACUUGGCCAUGGCCAUCGAAGCGGGGACGACACCUGUACAUCCACCAUCGCCUAUUCCGACACCCUCUUCGUACCGUACUCCUCGCUUCACAAAGUUGCCGCCCCGUCAGCAGAAGCAGGCGGCAAAAUCUGAUGGCGAGCUCGCUGCGACGUUGAGUCCUACCGUCAACAAGAAUGUCCCGUCAAUCAGGUUUGGUCACGCAGAUGCCUCGUCUUCCUUCGAGGCAGGCGUGGAGAGUGCCGCGGCUCAUCCGGCGCACGACGCUACCUAG